UAAUUUUUACAAGCGUAUUAAAAUUGUUUAAAAAAAAAAAAAAAAUGCGCAUUUAUUUUGAGAGGUUUAUUAUUUACACUUUAAAUAUCGUUUUAGCUCUUGUCAUUUUUUUAAUUUUCAACGAUAUUACUGGAGAAAUUGUAUUUCGAGACGGUGGCUAUACGGAAUGGUCAUCAUUCACUUCUUGUCCAGUAACGUGUGGAGGUGGGGUUAUUCAACGGGUAAGGAGCUGUACCAAUCCAGAGCCAACGUUUGGCGGAUAUAAUUGCACCAAACUUGGACCACCUGUUGAAAUUUUGCCAUGUAACACAUACUCGUGUCCAGUAAACGGAGGUUUUGAAACGUGGAGUUUAUUUGGGCCUUGUAGUCAAACAUGCGGUGAAGGAGUAAAAAAGCGAGUUCGGUACUGCAUUGAGCCUGCACCAAGAUUCGGAGGUAAAAAUUGUGCUGAACAAAAUUUGGGGCCAUAUGAAGAAUUGCAGUCAUGCAAUGAAAAAGCAUGUCCAGUAGACGGUGGAUUUUCUGAAUGGUCUGAGUGGUCAUUGUGCUCGGAAUCUUGUGGAAAGGGACUUAACAAGCGCGAAAGAAGUUGCAACAACCCUUCUCCGAGUAAUGGCGGUAAAGAUUGUUCAUCACAUGGAAGUAAUACCGAAAGUCGCGAAUGUGAAACAACUUGCGCAGUUAACGGAGCCUAUGGUUUAUGGUCAGAGUGGAGCACAUGUUCUAAACCUUGUGAUGGUGGAUAUUAUUCUAGAAUACGAGCUUGCGAUUCACCAUCUCCAAGUAAUGGAGGAAAAACUUGUAUGGAACAAGGACACGGGAAUGCAGAAGAUGUAAAACCUUGUAAUACUCAGCCAUGCGAUGUAGAUGGCGGAUAUAGUGAAUGGUCAAACUGGGGAGAGUGCACCAAGACCUGUGGGGGCGGAAGAACAGAGCGCACUCGAAUGUGUAACAAUCCAGAGCCUAAAGGGGCCGGUAAAAGUUGUAAAGAAAAAGGACUUGGAAGAAGUAUUGAAGUUGACGAUUGCAAUACACAACUUUGUUAGGUUUUUAUUAUUGAAAAUAUAUUAGGAAAAAAAAUUAAAUGAAAAUUAAAAAAAGUUUGAAAAAAUAAAGAAAACUAAUUCUAUUGCUGUAAAUUAUUCAGUUUUAUGAUCAAGUUUAUAAAUUUGUCUAUUGUUAAAGAAACAUUGUAAUUACGUUUGUAGAUGAGUUUCAGCACCUUUAGAUUAAAAUAUUUUUUGCUUAAA